CGUGUCCCAGAGGGCGAAUCUCCCAGACUAUCCCAGGAACAACGCCCGCUCCCCCGUCCCGGCGCCGGACAAGUCCUCGUCAAGGUGUCGCAUGUAGCUCAGAAUCCAACGGACAGGGAGAUCCUCGGACUCGGCGCGUACAGCGAAUAUACUAUCGCAGACGAGCGGAUCUCGUUCAAGGUGCCGACCGCCGGUAUCUCCAAGGCGCAAGCAAGUACGGUGCCCUUGGCAGCGGCCACCGCUUGGCUUGCGCUGUUCUCCAAGGAGUGCCUGAACAUAGAUCGCUCCCAAGCGCAAGGGACCAGUGUGCUGGUAUGGGGUGGUAGCUCAAGCGUCGGUCUCUACACCAUCCAACUGGCUUCUCUUCUCGGCUUAGAAGUAGUCACAACCUGCAGUCCUCGCAACGCCGACCUUGUCCGAUCCCAGGGCGCCAAACAUGUCUUCGACUACACCGACGCAGACGUAAUUGACCACAUUACCGAGGUUGCACCUCACCUUCAGUACAUCUUCGACACCAUCGGCAACGCCGAAUCCUCCAGGAUUGCGUCCGGGGCGUUGGGCGGCCGCGUCGGCCAUCUCUGCACCGUUAGACCGGGUAAGGCUAACACGGAGCAUGUCGCGCCGAACACGCAUGUCACGGAUGUGCUGGUGUGGACGGCCUUCUUGAAAGAUCAUAGCUACGGCACGUUCCAUUGGCCGGCCUCCAAGGAAGACCAUGAGCUGGCUAGCGAGUUGUUUGAGAGUCUACCAGCAUGGAUAGAGCACGGACGGAUCCAGCCAAACCAGCCUAAGCUGUUUCAUGGUCUUGACAGUGUGGUCCAGGGCUUCCAGGAGUAUCGGGAUGGAAAGAUCUCUGCGUACAAGAUCGUCUAUGAGGUCUGA